CCAGGGAGGCCACUCCAGGCCCAGGUGGGGGUGAGGCAGAGGCCAGGUUCUGGGCUGGACUCAAGGAUGCUCAUAAGCUCCAGACGCCCUGCCCGCUGCCCAUCCUGCAGACCACGUGGGGGGCAGGGGGGCUGUGGGUGCGACACGUGCAGAGAUUCACGUCCAAAACCAAGUCCCAGGUUGUAGCCUGGCUUUAGACAAGGCCACACUCAAAGUGUCACAGCCUGAUGGAAAUGGGUUGGUUUUGAGGUGGAGGUUACACCUCCUUCCUCCGUUUUAAGAGAGAGGGAGGGCCUAAUGCAGUAAUCAGCCAGCUGGGUUCUGGAACCCGAGGGCCUGGGUUAGCUGUGAAGUCUGUGAGCCCCGUGACCUUGGGGAGGGGAGCCUCCAUGUCCUUAUCUGGAGAAUGGGCAUAAGAAUAGGUUUCCUUGUGUGUAAACUGGGCUCAAGAAGAGACUGGACCUCUUAGGGUUGUUGAAAAGACCAGGACUUGUCCAGAGACCUCUAGCACAGAGGAGGUCAGGACCUGCCUCAUGACUGAAUUACACUAUCCUGUGUUUAGGACCUGAUUCUAGGAAACAGAACAGGCAGGAAUCCUCAUUCUCUGCCUCUGGGAAUGGAGAGAUGGGCAAGAUGUGGUCCCUGCCCUGGAGGACGGACAGAGGAGCCAGACAGGAAACGUGCUGGGCAGGAGCAUGGCCCUGGUGGUCUGGAGAACAGGUUCUUCUCGUGGUGACGGGGACAUGUCUAAGAUCAUAAGAGAGUUCAUGCUAGGUUCAGUCCGUGGGGUUGUAGUACUGUAUAGUGUUCUAACAGGCCUGGGGACCGAAGAAGUCAAGUGUUGACAUAGAAAUAAAGAGCCGUGCUCGCCACUAAGGGAAGUCCCCUGAUUGAUGUCGUUGUUUCAGAUCCUAAGAUGAACGGGCCAGAAGUGAGUUCAUCUCAGACUCCAGUUCUUUCCAAAGGGAACUUGGACGGCUACUUUAUAACUGCUGAAGAGUGCCUGAGACAGUUCCCCCGGAGACUGAAGGAAUCCUUCCGGGACCCCUACGCGGCCUUCUUUAAGAUGGACACGGACAGGGAUGGCAUCGUCACCAUGCACGACCUUCAUCAGCUGCAGCACCUGCUCUUCAACCUGAAGGACGAGGAUUUUGAGCGAUUCCUGGGCCUUCUUGGCUUGAGGCUCAGCGUCACGUUAGAUUUCCACGAAUUUCGAAAUUUGUGUGAGAAGAGACCGUUCAGAAUAGAAGACACCGCGCCUCAAAGACUCAUGAGACCAAAACAGAAGGUUGCAGAUUCAGAACUAGCUUGUGAACAGGCUCAUCAGUAUCUUGUUACCAAAGCAAAAACCAGAUGGUCAGACUUGUCUAAGAAUUUUAUCGAAACCGACAAUGAGGGCAACGGCAUUCUUCGACGACGGGAUGUAAAGAACGCGCUGUACGGCUUUGAUAUUCCCCUCACACCCAGAGAAUGUGAGAAGCUUUGGAUGAGGUACGACACCGAGGGAAGAGGGCACAUUACUCACCAGGAAGUUUUACAGAAAUUGGGGGUUAACUAUUCAGCGGCUAUUCAUCAGCCCUACGCGGAGGAUUAUUUCAACUUCAUGGGUCAUUUCACGAAGCCACAGCAGGUGCAAGAAGAGAUGAAGGAGCAGAGCACGGAGAGGGCCGUGCCGGCCAGGGAUAAGCUUAAGGACCACUAUCAAGAUAUCAAUAUCAGCAAAGCACUCACCAAACUAGAUAAAUCCAAAAAUGGCUACAUAUCCUUAUGCAAGAUGCAGAAGUUGCUGCAGGAGUGCGGCUGUUUUCUGAAGGCAGAGGAGCUGGCCGACCUUCUCACCAGUUGGGGAAUCAGCUGGCAUGGUAAUUCCAUCAAUUACCUCGACUUCUUGAGAGCAGUGGAGAAUAGCAAGCCGACAAAGCCACAAGAGAAAGAGGAGAGCGUGCCGAUCAAUUUUGCGACCCUAAGUCCAGAGGAGGUUCUGAAGAACAUCCAGGGGGUCGUUCCCUCCUCCAGUCCGGCUUUGUCAACGGCAUUUUCUGCACUGGAUAAAGAGGACACUGGGUUUGUAAAGGCUUCGGAUUUUGGACAAGUGCUUAAGGAUUUCUGUUACAAACUAACAGAUACCCAGUAUCAUUAUUUUUUGAGAAAACUAAGAAUUCAUCUCACCCCGUAUAUAAAUUGGAAAUAUUUUCUCCAGAACUUCAACAGUUACCUUGAGGAGGCUGCUGCUGAGUGGGCUGAGAAGAUGCCCAAAGGCCCGCCGCCCGUAUCUCCCAAGAAAAUGGCAAACCAAGAGGUCCUGGCCCGGCUCCACAAAGCUGUGACCUUCCACUACAACACGAUCGCCCAGGAGUUUGAGAACUUCGACACCAUGCGGACCAAUACCGUCUCCAGGGACGAGUUCCGGUCCAUUUGUACUCGCCACGUCCAAGUUCUGACGGAUGAGCAAUUUGAUAGGCUCUGGGACCAGAUGCCCGUCGAUGCCAAGGGAAGGCUGCAAUACCUGGACUUCCUCAGGAGCUUCAGCUCGGAGAAGGCGGCCCCGCCGCCGGCCCCGGGCGCCUCGGCCAAGGCGCAGAGAGGGUGCGGCGUCCCCGAGGUCUCAGAGAGAAGCAGGUCUGCAGGGUUGUCGCCCACUCGAGACCUGAAAGCAGGGUCCAAACCGCGGAGUCAUCCCUGCACCCCCGCGAGCACGACCCCGCCGCUGCAGAACUGCGAGCCCGUGGAGAAUAAGCUGCGGAAGAAGAUCCAGGGCUGCUGGCGCGAGUUCCUGCGAGAGUGCCAGAAGAGGGAUGCCAACAAGCAGGGCGAGAUCCCCGCCACCGAGUUCCAGGCUCUCGUGGAGAAAUUCAACCUGGGCGUAAACAGAGAUGAGUGCCGGCAGCUCAUCGACACGUACGACUUAAAGAACAACGGGAGGUUUGCUUAUUGUAACUUCAUUCAGAGCUACGUCCUCCUGUUAAAAGCAAAGGAAACCUCGCUGAUGCAGAGAAUGAAACUGCAGAAGGCGACUAAAAUGAAAGAAGGCGGUGCUGAGACUUCUUCCUUUUACGCCGCUCUGCUGCGGAUUCAACCCCAAAUUGUGCGCUGCUGGAGGCCGAUGCUGCGCACACUCAAGGCCUACGACGAGGGAAGGACGGGGCUUUUAAGCGUGGCUGAUUUCAGGAUGAUCCUGAGGCAGUACGGCAUCAACCUCUCCGAGGAGGAGUUCUUCCACAUCCUGGAGUAUUAUGACAAGACGCUGUCUUCAAAAAUCUCCUACAACGACUUCCUCCACGCCUUCCUUCAGUAGGGGGCCAGCUCUGCGAGCCCAGCGUGGACAGACGGGGACCGCAGGGCCUGUCCCCGAGACUAGUAAAAUCUAUCACUGGGCUGUCUAACGAACUUCCAGAGUGUCCCCAAAACAGAGC